AUGUCGACUCUCCUGUUUGUCAUUUUCGCGAUCGAGCUGCUGGCGCACGUCAUCAACGCCAUCGGCGCCGCCCAGAUCAACAACCUCCUCUGGACACUGAUCAACUACCUCCCCGUGUCGACGUCCAAGGCCGCGGCCGAGCAGCGCAAGCUCCAGACGGAGUACCUCCGCGUGCGGCACGAGCUCAACGCGACGAGCAGCCAGGACGAGUUUGCGAAAUGGGCCAAGCUGCGACGACAGCACGACAAGCUGCUUGAGCAGCUCGACGCCGCGAAAAAGGGCCUCGAGGCAUCGCGGAGCAAGUUCGACAACUACCUCACGGCGCUGCGGAUGCUGCUGACCAAGGCGCCGCAAUAUUUCCUGCCCUUCUGGUACGGCAAGGAGCCCAUGUUCUGGCUACCAUACGGCUGGUUCCCGUACUACGCCGAGUGGAUCAUCUCGUUCCCGCGCGCGCCGCUGGGCAGCGUGAGCGCGCCGUCGUGGCAGCUCGCGUGCUCGGGCUUCAUCACGCUCGUGUCCGAGGUGCUGGUGUUUGCGUGGACGGCCCUGUUCAGCCGCAAGACGGCCGAGGGCGGCGUCAAGGAGAAGGAGCAGGCCAAGACGCCGAGCGGCGGCCGGAAGAAGGUGGCCGUGCCGGCCGGGACGUCGGAGAAGAAGGAGCUGUGA